AUGUCUCUCAGUCUAUCCUCCCUGCUCAAUCCCUCGCCCGAGUCGGCCGCGCGCGGCGACGAACAAUCGCAGAACAGCGCUCUUCCUCCGAUUCAACAGGUCCAGUCGCCGGAAGAACAGAAUCAGCGGCCCAGCUCGGCGCGAUCGAACGAACAGCAUCAGUCUUCACAUCCUACCUCAAGUACCCAGGAGGCGGCUCAGGCGUUAGCCAGUCUUUCUGAGAGUCCCGCGCCGCCACCACAACAAUGGAACGGAUAUUCUGCCCAAGAUCAGAACGGACUCGAGCGGACGCGAUCGUGGGAGAGACGACCUAGCGCGUAUGGAGAUCCCAUUCAGCUGCCUCCCCCAGUCGCUGGGGUUGCGCGCAAGACGAGUUCGCCAACUUUAGACCAGUACCAUGUGGCAUCUCGAUCGCCAGAGCAGCGUCGCGCAUCAGUAAUCUCGCCGGAGCAGUCCAACUUUACGCUGCCUCCGAUUCAGAACUACACGCAGCCUUCUGAUCAAAGGCACGAAUCACAUGCGGCCCAACCACCCGCCUCGAAUCCUCGCGACAUUGAGACACAUGCUGCUCCGUCGAGUAGCUCCGGCGCCCAGGACGCUGAAGCACAAGCGUAUUCACAUGGAGAGCCAGCAGUUCAGCUGAAGCACCAGUCAUCCACUGCCGAGGAGGGUAUUUCAACACCUGCUCUGAUCAAGCAAGAGUCGGCACCAACACCACAACCGUCUUCUCCCACCGAUACGCGUCGACCCUCUGAGAUGGAUGCUUCGGUAAAGGCAGUCAGUGCCUUGAAGAAUGAACACGGUCUGAGACAGUCGCCCCUCCGCGAGUCGUCUGUACCAGUCCCAACAACAGAGACCGUGCCGGAAGCGCAGUCUGUUGUGCCCAAGAAGCGACCGGCUCCAGCCAAGACGAAGAAGGGAACUGCAACAACCAUGAAGAAGGCACCGCCGGCGAAGAAGCGGAAGGUAGAACCCAAGAGAUCGGCGACUCCUUCCUCUCGAGCAUCGAAAGUGCCAACGCUCAAGGGAAGUAGCGCCAAGGGUACGCCCGCGAAUUCUUCUCCUGCGCCAUCCACUCGGUCGUACUCCGCCGAACCCAACGAGGAUCCAUACGACGACGAGGACGAGGACAUGGAGGACAUUUCCGACAGCGAUGUCUACUGCAUCUGCCGCAAACCUGACAAUGGUACUUUCAUGAUCGGCUGCGACGGUACCUGCGACGACUGGUACCACGGCAAAUGCGUGGGAAUCCAAGAGCGAGACAAGAACCUGAUCGACAAGUACAUCUGCCCAAGUUGCGAGAAGAGCGGUAAAGUCGGUCAGACCACUUGGAAGAGGAUGUGCAGAAGAGGUGGGUGUCGACAGCCUGCCAGGGUAGGCAAGAGCAAGAGCGGUUCCAAGGGCAGCAAAUACUGCAGCGAUGAGUGCGGUCUGCUGUACUACAGAGAGAUGGUUGCGCGAAGCCGAGGUCGUGAGGAUUCGCUGAAGCACCGAUCAUCACGGCGAAAGCCCAGCAUUGCAGAUUCUGAGCAGGGCGGUGCAGAUGAUGAUCUUGGAGCGAGGGGUGGAGCUCUAUCAGCAGGAGAGGUGAAGGCACUGUUGAACGUCUCUAAGACCGCCGAUGACUUCAGAAAGCUAGGCGAUGGCGUCCUCAGCCCACCUGCAACACCCGAUGGCAAAGAGCAAGAUAAAAAGGGAAGCGAGUUCACCGACUCUGAGCACGAGGCACUUCAGCGGAUACUGGGCGAGAAAGAAGAGGCCCGACACCGACAUGCGACUCUGAAGGAUUGUCUCAAGUUCGUCACAAUGGUCAAGCAGGCUGCGAGCCGCGUCGUGGCGGAAAAAGAGCUCAAGGCGAAAGACUAUUGCGGUUACGACCCCCGCCUAGAAUGGACAGAGGACCGGUUCCAGGAGUGGCGGAAGAGUGAAGCCGGGCAGAAAGCUUUCCAGCAGGAGACCCUUCAACCGGCCGAGAAGAGCAACGAAGAAGACGAAGCGCCCGGCAUCUGCGAUCGUAAGAAGUGCGCUCGUCAUCACGACUGGAACAAACUCGCCGUGGACGAUCUGAGGUUCGAGAUGCAAGAUAACGGCGAUCGGAUGCGAGGACUGGACAGGGAGGAGAAGGAGAUCAAGGAGAGGGCGGCGAUGAGAGCCAAGGCGGGCAAGAUGGAGGGCGAGGGCACGGUCGAGGUGCAUGGCUUGGGCAUCUCGACGGAGUCGCAGCCUGUCCUUGCCGCGCAUGGUGUUUCGGAGGUGGCGAAGACAAAUGGCUUCGCGGAGACUACUGUCGAGGCUGGAGAGCCGAUGGUUAUUGAUACUGCUUGA